AUGUUCUCCUGUGCGCUGAGAACCAGUAGACGAACGUACAUAAACGCGUUCAACGCGAAGGCAAAGGCGCGUCCAAACUUUGGUCUCCGUGGAGUAGGAUAUUGGACCAGUGAAGUUUAUCACAAGCCAGGUCAAAAUUAUUGGACGUUAUUGUGCACCACUGGACCUUUUUUGGUGAUUGGUUCUAUUAUGUACGAUGGUUUUUGGGCCAAACUUGAUGAUAUUGCUGGUGGUGGACCUAGCCACCUCGACUAUGGGUGGCGUAAACAGGAUCGGAAACCGUGGGAUUUUGCCUUCGAUAUUGGUGAAGGUUAUGCGGCUGGUCCGGCAACUCUGAGACCAGCUCCAGGAGCUGUGGAUCUGGGUCACCACUAG